AUGGACGCCCUCAACGAGACCUCGCAAAACUCCGUCAAUGGCUCGGUUGGAAGCAACCAGAUCGCUCACGAUGGCACAGGCGUCGUCAAAAUGGACCCCUACCUCGAGCCCUUCACCGAUACCCUCAAACGUCGCUUCUCCAAAGCCCAAGAAUGGAUCAAACGCAUCAACGCCAGCGAAGGCAGCCUCGAGCAAUUCUCGCGCGGCUACGAACGCUUUGGCUUCACCGUAGCCCCCGACCACACCAUCACAUAUCGCGAAUGGGCUCCCUUUGCCCUUCGUGCAUAUCUGAUUGGCGACUUCAACGGCUGGAACCGUGACAGUCAUGAGAUGAAGCGCAACCCAUACGGUGUCUGGGAGCUCACCCUCCCGCCAAAAGACGGCAGACCCGCCAUCGAGCACGACAGCAAGAUCAAGAUCAGCCUGGUGGUGCCGAACGACCACCAGAGGCAAGAGAGAAUCCCCGCGUGGAUCACACGAGUCACCCAAGACCUCUCCGUCUCUCCCGUCUACGAUGCACGAUUCUGGAACCCGCCGCACAAAUAUCAGUUCAAGCAUCCGCGUCCUCCCAAGCCCGCCUCUGCACGCAUCUAUGAAGCACACGUUGGUAUCUCCAGCCCGGAGCCCAAGGUGGCUACAUACAAAGAGUUCACGCAAAACACACUCCCGCGCAUCCGCGAUUUGGGUUACAACACCAUCCAGCUCAUGGCCAUUAUGGAGCACGCCUACUACGCUUCCUUUGGCUACCAGAUCAACUCCUUCUUCGCCGCAUCCUCCCGCUACGGCUUCCCCGACGAUCUCAAGGAGCUCAUCGACACCGCACACGGCAUGGGCAUUACUGUCCUGCUUGAUGUUGUCCAUUCUCACGCAAGCAAGAAUGUGCUCGACGGCCUGAACAUGUUCGACAACAGCGAUCACCUCUACUUCCACGAGGGUCAGAAGGGCCGACACGAGCUCUGGGAUUCCCGUCUGUUCAACUACGGCAGCCACGAAGUCCUCCGAUUCCUCUUGUCAAAUCUGCGCUUCUGGAUGGAGGAGUACCAAUUCGACGGUUUCCGCUUUGACGGUGUGACCUCCAUGCUGUACACCCAUCACGGCAUCGGCACCGGCUUCUCUGGCGGCUACCAUGAGUACUUCGGCCCCAGUGUGGACGAAGACGGUGUUGUCUACCUCAUGCUCGCCAAUGAGAUGCUACACAACCUCUACCCCAAUGUUAUCACCAUUGCGGAAGACGUUAGUGGCAUGCCGGCGCUGUGUGUGAGGCUCAGUCUAGGCGGAAUAGGAUUCGACUACAGACUGGCCAUGGCCGUGCCUGACUUGUACAUCAAGUGGCUGAAGGAGAAGUCAGACGCCGAUUGGGACAUGGGCGAGCUGUGCUUCACCCUGACCAACCGAAGACACGGCGAAAAGACAAUCGCCUACGCCGAGAGCCACGAUCAAGCGCUCGUCGGCGACAAGACCCUCCUCUUCUGGCUCUGCGACGCGCAAAUGUACACUCACAUGUCCACGCUCUCCGAGUUCACCCCAGUCAUUGAGCGCGGCAUGGCCCUGCACAAAAUGAUCCGGCUCAUCACGCACGCCCUCGGCGGCGAAGCCUACCUCAAUUUCGAAGGCAACGAAUUCGGGCACCCAGAAUGGCUCGACUUCCCGCGCGAGGGCAACAACAACAGCUUCCACUACGCGCGCCGCCAAUUCAACCUCGUCGAGGACUCCCUGCUGCGCUACCGCUUCCUCAACGACUUCGACAAAGCAAUGCAGCACGCGGAAGAGAAGUACGGCUGGCUGCACAGCCCGCAAGCCUAUAUCUCCCUCAAGAACGAAAGCGACAAGGUCAUCGUCUUCGAGCGCGCGGGCCUGCUGUGGAUCUUCAACUUCCACCCCACCAACUCCUACCCGGACUACCGCGUCGGCGUCGAAGACGCAGGUACGUACCGCAUCGUGCUCAACACCGACAGCGCCGCUUUCGGCGGGCUGGGCCGCGUCGCGGACGAGGGGAGCCAGCGCUUCUUCUCAACGGAUUUCGCGUGGAAUAACCGCCGCAACUUUUUGCAGGUGUAUGUGCCGAGUCGCUCGGCGCUGGUGCUGGCCAAGGAGGAGACGCUCGAUCCGGCGUGGAAGAGUGCGGUGCAUUUGGGGUAUGAUUGA